AUGUCACCACCUGAAGAACACCAUGGCCUCAAGUCCAAAUGGCCCGAAGCUCUUGAUCUCGCCGGUUCCAACUCUCCCUGCCGUCUCGAGGGAGAGAUCGGUGAUCUCGUAGUCCUCGGGGAGAUCCCAUCCGCUAUCGACGGCACCUUCUACAGAGUCAUGUGCGACCCUUUUGUCCCUCCUGAUCCUAAAAAUGUCCCUAUUGACGGCGACGGCCACGUCUCUGCUUUCAGGAUCCACAACGGUCGAGUAGACAUGAGGAUCAAAUACGUGGAAACAGAGCGCUACAAGCUUGAAAGAAAAGCUGGCAAGGCUCUCUUUGGCCUCUAUCGCAAUCCAUAUACCCACCAUCCAUGUGUGCGGGCGGCCGUCGACUCAACGGCCAACACUAACAUGGUGUUUUGGGCAAACCGCCUGUUGGCUCUUAAGGAGGUUGCCUGCCCUUAUGAGAUGGACCCUGAUACUCUUGAGACUAUCUGCUACGACCCCUUUGGGGACCAGAUCAAAGCGAAGGCCUUCACUGCUCACCCCAAAGUUGAUCCCUACUCUAAAGAACUUGUGGUCUUCGGUUAUGAAGCCAAGGGGUUAGGGACCAAGGAUAUAGUCAUCUAUGCCCUCGAUGAACAAGGCAUCAAGCACGAUGAGCAAUGGAUUGAGUCCCCCUGGUGCGCCUUCAUCCACGAUUGCGUCAUCACCCCAAACUGGAUCGUCCUCCUGCUCUGGCCCUUCGAAGCCAAGGUCGAGCGGAUGAAGGCUGGCAAGCAGCAUUGGGCAUGGAGCUAUGACCUCCCCGCCACUUUCAUCGUUGUGCCCCGUCGAAAGACGUCCAAGGUCCCGUCCUCGUGGAAGCAGGGAGAACACCGAGUCUAUCAUUGGAAGAACUGCAUGCCUAUCCAUACAGGCGGUGCCUGGGAGGAGGACAAUGGAAAGCUGUAUCUCGAGUCAUCACGUGUUCACGACAACGCCUUUCCGUUCUUCCCACCAGAGGAUGGAAGACAGCCAUCUCCAGACGCAAAAGCAGAUUAUGUCCGCUGGGAGAUCGACCUGAAUGCACCCUCGGGAACUCAAAUGGUAGAUCCCCAGAUCAUCGUCGAUGUCCCAUCUGAGUUCCCCAGGAUGGACGAACGCUUCAUGACCCACAAGCAUGAAUUCAUUUUCCUCAACGUGUUCAUCCCCGAGACCUCUCAAGGCGGAACCAACAUCUUCCAUGGGCUCAACGGUCUAGCUAUGCACAGCCACUACACAGGCGAGACGAAGUGGUUUUUCGCAGGCAAGGACUCUUUGGUCCAGGAGCCCAUCUUCAUUCCCCGCACUGCCGAUGCACCUGAGGGCGAUGGCUGGAUUAUUGCCAUGGUCGAGAGGCGUGUAGCUAAUCGCAGUGAGCUCGUGGUUCUUGAUACUAAGGAGUUUGAGAAGCCGGUCGCUAUCAUCCAGCUUCCCAUGCAUGUCAAGGCUCAGAUUCAUGGGAAUUGGGUGGACGCAAAGAGUCGGAAAUCUGCUGAGCCAAUUCGUCGCAUUGAUACAACAUCAGCAACGGGAGAAGCCAGAGAGCCAAGUGCUUACCCGAUCCUUAACCUGUUCUUAACCGUCAACCCACAUCCUUUGCGUAAGACCUAA